UCCGCUCCAGCUCUUUGUCCGAUCAGACCACCUUCUCGUAAUCCUUAUAGGGUAAAGAAAGACGCAAAUACCGUGGCCACCGGCGACAAGUCGCAGAAAUAGCAUGAUUUCGGCCGAGGGGCGGUCAAUCUUAACACUGGCCGGAUUCCCAGUCCGUGGAGUCUGGGCGCUGACCUCAUUUGCAUCACAUUCCACCGUCUUGUGGCCGUCACUCUCCGCCCUAUAAUAUACCCGAUCGCCAGCAUUGACUACUAUGUAAGAUUUUUCUGACUACUCAAACACACACCACACCACACCACACCACAAUGCCGUUUUUACCACUCUCACAAGUCCGUCAUCUACGGGACAAGCUCCAGGACACGAAAGCGGAGAUUUCCACGUGGGGAUGCGAGGGCUACGGCGAUAACAUCAAGCAAUGGAGCGAUUCGUGCGAUGAAGAUGUUGGCGCAGUCGUCCGAGUGACCUGCGCUGAGGAAGCCGCCACCGUGGUGCGAUUUGCGACGCACAACCAGAUCCCCCUGGCCGUCCGGGGCGGGGGCUACUCGACGAGCGGCAGUUCGACGGCGCGCGGAGGCAUCGUCCUCGACCUGGCCAAACUCCGGCGCGUGCGCGUCAACCCCGAGGCCCGCGUGGUGGCCGCCGAGGGCGGGGCGCUGUGGGCGGACAUCGACGUGGCGGCGGCGCAGCACGGGCUGGCGGUGGUGGGCAGCACGCUGAGCCACAUCGGCGCGGCGGGAGCGACCCUCGGCGGCGGGUACGGCUGGCUGACGGGCCAGUACGGGCUGGCGAUCGACAACCUGCUGUGGGCGAAGGUGGUCCUCGCCGAUGGAAACAUCGUGAUCGCCUCCGAAACUUCCCAUCCCGACCUCUUCUGGGCGAUGCGCGGCGCCGGCCAAGAGUUCGGCGUUACGGUGGAGUUGGGGUUUCGCGCCCAUCCCCAGCGCAAUGCCGUCUUCGCGGGCACGCUGCUCUUCGUGCCGGAGAAACUACCCGUCGUUGUCGAUUUCGCGAACCGGUUUCAGAAGCAGACGGACGGGAAGCAGGGUCUUUGGUUCGGGUUCACGGUUGCGCCGGCCAUGACGCAGUGCUGUAUCCUCGUGGUGGUGUUCUUCAAUGGGGAUCAAGAACGCGCGGAGCAGUUCUUCGCGCCGCUGUUGCAGGCGGAGCCGAUUGUCAACACCGCGGGGAUGAUCCCCUACGACAGUUUGAAUGGCAUCCUCAACACAACGGACACGCUGCACCGCCGCGGGAGCGAUACCGAGGUCAACAUCAGCUACCCGCUGGACGUCGCCAUGGGCCCCCGGAAAUGCAUGCGCGGAAGCAAUGUCACCCUCCCGCUGGACCUGGGGUUCGUGCAGUCGGUGUACGACGAGUUCAAUGGGAUGGUCACGAACUGCCCGCAGACCCGGGAUAGCAGGCUGCUGUUCGAGCUGCUGCCGAAUGCCCAGAUCAUGAAGGUCCCCGACGAUGCGACGGCGUUCGCCAAUCGCGGGCCGUAUUACAAUGUCAGCUGCCUGUUUCGGUGGUACGAUGCCGAUCUGGAUGUGCAAGUACGGCUGUGGCAGGCCAGUCUGUUGGGCCGGAUCGAGGACACGGCGGGGAUCAAGCGGCCGGGGUACCAGGGGCCGAGACGGGGGACGGGCAUCUAUGCCAACUAUGCUGGCCACGACGUAUCCAGCAAGAUACUGUUCGGAGACAACUUCCCCCGCUUGCAGGAGCUCAAGAAGAAGUACGACCCGCACAAUACGUUCGACAAGUGGCACUGAGCAGAAUUGGGAAAAUCUUCUAUUCGUGUUGGCCGUGAAUUGGGACUCGGAUUCGAGACUCAACGACGGUCUCUUUGCCGGUCGGCAAUGUAUUCUAUACCCGUUGUGAUAUGCACACGCUGCAAAAUUAGCUGUCCCAGUUGAAUUUAUAUAAGCUUAAUGAUUGAAUCGAUGCUACGCGAUUAUAGAUUAGACAAUCUAACCUGAAGUCA